AUGGCUUCUUUAUUACCUAUUGAGUAUAAAGAUGAUGUCAUUAGUAGGUAUGUUGAUAAGCUUAGAAAUGUUAAAAACAAGAGUAUUUUUAUUCUUGAAAUAGAUCUGAGUGCUAUGUUAGAAAAGGUUGCCUUGUCUUCUUUCAGUUUCAAGAAUAAAUUUGAUUAUUGA